UUUUGUUUUAUUACUUACGGACGUCUUGAGGUGCUGCUGACUUCACUGUGUUCAUAUGUUGUGUUUGUUUACAGGAUGUAUCCGUCAACUUACCUCCAAGAAAAAGGGCUCAAAUGACCCUAUCAUCCCCAUUGUAUGCACCUCCUCCACCAGCUCCACCAGCUCCACCAGCUCCACCAGCUCCACCAGCUCCACCAGCUCCUCCAACACGGACUCCAUCUCAAAGAUCCCAGAGGCCGUGAGCUUCUUGGCGAGCAACGCAGAUCCUGCGGAGAGCCAGGAGGCUGAGCCCCUGAACCCUGACGCUGAAUAGACCACUUCUGCUGAGAGGAGCCGACACAGGUUCAUAAGAUUACGAUCUCUAUCAUAUAAUAUUCAGCUUACACGGCACGUUGUGGAAUCAUUUUACUUCAGAUACAAAGACCACGUGAUAUACCUCCAAAGUUAAAAACAAAACAAAAAGUAAGGUUUAAGUGAGGAACUUAUGUCCUCCUGAUGUUUCCUUACACAUCAAAUAAGGAAUCCUCACCCAGUCGAGCUCAUAGCAGCUCAUAGUUAAUGAAUCUGAAUAUGGAAGUGAAGUGUGGCCGGUGCGUCUCGGCUGUUAUUCUCACAGCGUGUUUGAUCCCACAGUGGAUCUUUGUGUACUCGGGUGGGUUUUUUUCUUCUUUCCCGCUAAAGACGAUACUAUAAAAACGUGGAGACUGAAUCCAACCAAUUGCCGAGUCCCCUUCUAGGUUUAAUGUAUUUUUCUUCUAGCACUUUAAAGGUAACUAACAUCACGCAGGAAACAAAAAGAAUGAAAAGGCAUCCAAUUUAAUAAAGAUAAAAAGGUAGAAAAGAAGGUGCAAAAGAUAUAAAACAAGAAAAAAAGGUUUACGUUCAAUUUUUAGAUCAAUCAAUCGAUGCCUUUGUUUAAUGCAAUCCAUUAGUUGCAAAUCAAAUGAUACGUCACCAAAAAUGUUCAGUCUCUGCUCCUUCAUUCAGUUUUCCCUCGUACUUUGGCUUGAAUCAAUUAAUUUGGUGUUAAAUUGUAUGUUUGUUGCUGGGAUGGUGUAAUCUGUCUGAAACAAAUACACUGAUUUCAUUUGCGUAGUUUUAAAUUCAACUGAAAUAAACAAGAAACAAUAAUCAUAAACUAUUUUAUGAAGAUAUGUUUAUUCAUUUAUUGCUCUGCUGUAAAUACAUCCUCUUUGUUUUAAUGAGAAUUACGGUAAAAAUAGGAGAAAUAUACCAAUGUGAGGACUUUAAUUGUAAUUUUAAGCAACCUAAAUUGUUUCACUUGAUGAUUUUUUCAAUGUAUUUUUUAAAAAUCUUGAAUAAAUUAGAAUCAAAGAAUUCAUUGUGAACUAAAAUAUUAAAAUAUAAGAACCAGGUUUUGGUCUUUAAGUGUGCUGAAAGGUUAUAUGAGUCAAACUCAUAAAUAUCCUAAUUUUAAUUUCCAAUGUCAAUAGGAUCUUUUUAUAUUAUUAAUACAGAUAUAUUGUAUGUUUUAUUUUCAAUUAACCUUCUUGAUUAUAAUGCACCUUUUCUUUUGAGUGAUAUUGCUACAUUCUCUGCUUAUGAAAUAAAUAAAUGCCUUUGAAGCCGUCAAA